AUGCAAAAGACGUCUUCCCAAGCAGUUGUUGACUUGCUGGAUGUUGGGAAGAAAAUAAAGAAAACACCAUUGAUGGUUGGGAAUUGCACUGGGUUUGCUGUAAACAAUAUGUUCUUCCCUUACUCUCAAGCUGCUAUUUUGCUUGUAGAACACGGUACUAAUACGAUUGACAAGGCAGUUACCAAAUUUGGAAUGCCAAUGGGCUCAUUCAGAUUGUGUGCCCUUAUUGGUUUUGGUGUUGCAAUUGUUACUUGGGGACUUAUAAUUUCCGUGAAAGAACCAAUAAAUUGA